UUUUGAAGAAACAUUUUUGUGACAAAAAAACAUAAUAAAAUUGAGUACGAAUUAAGUACUGAAAAGGCACAACGGCGUUGAUCCCUGACUACUAAAGAAUCAACUGGCUCCUACCUACUACCAUCAAUUGGGUUAUAGUUCUCCCGGCAUGCAUUGCAAUUGGACCCUUGUCAGCAUUCUGCCUCUCCAGUACUCCUGAGGAACUCCAUUUGCAGGGCUUCCCGAAGCUGCAUUCUGACUGGUGACUUCUUCUGUGGCUGGCAACUUCAGGCCCUGCUCCCAUAGAGACAAACUAUGGACUUGGCUGCAUUCAUCCUGUGAAAUCAGCACCAACAUGUUCGCUUCCCAAAAGCCUUCAACUAUUUCUCAACUGCUGACUGCUUGUGGAAGUCUCUGAAACGGUGUCCAAGAUUGCUGCCACAAUGUCCAACUAUUUGGAUAUUCACAGUAAACCUCCUGCAAAAGAGUCUUGCAGUCAACCAUCUCAACUUGUGAAAGAGUCCUGCAUAGGCAGCUCUAGUGGACCUCCUAGCACACUCACUGGGUUGAGAGUGACGCUGAACACUGCUCAAGAGAGCAGCUCAAUCAUUGAAGAGGGGCAUACAUCUGUUAACAUUCAUUUUACCACAACACCACAGGACAGUGACUUGUCCGACAACCAGAGGUGUAAGGACAGCUGCGAGGAUCUCUCAUUUCUCCUAGAGAAGCGAUCCAACAUGCAUUUUUCUGCACUUUCACAAACACACAGCAAGUCCGUAAAUCAUGCCACGACCAGUGUUGGUGCUCAGACAAGGCUCUCUUCUUCCAAUGAACCAUCAUGUGACCAGACAUUCAUUCCAGGGCUUGGGGAUGUUGACGUUGUAGUGCCUGAUAAACCAGCUAGUCGCCCUACAUACAGUCGACUUAUAACCACAGCUGUUGACAUUCUUAGACAGUUUGGACUAGGUAAGGAAGACCUGGAUAAACUUCUUUCUUACCCUGACGAGGAAAUUAAUCGAAAUAGCUUACCAUCGAUCUUAGAACAAAUCCAUAAUGAGAAAGUAAAUAGACAGGCAAGCCCAGAUCAGCCACAUCCUAAACCCCCACAGAACAGAGCUUCUGAUGCCAACAGUGACAGUUGUGGGGACCCUGGCCAGCCAGAGAUCCUGCAGGACAAACAGGACGCCUUGUUACAGUGUAAAGUUGUAGACCAUGGAUAUACAAGCAAGAAUAUUGGAGGCAUCGCAGAGGGAAAAGAGUUGAAAAAUACUACUUCAGAUUGUGCAAGUGCUGGAUUGAUGUUGAAAAUCCCCGACUAUGCCAGUCUUGGACAAGAGGCAGGGACCGAGAAGUGUUCCAAUAUUGAUUCAGGGCCCAACUUAGUUGUGACUUCUCAGAGUGAUUUUAGCAAACAAUCACCUGCCUCUUCAACUCUGACAUCUCCAGUUGUGAGCUGCGCCAUAACAAAUGAUCCCAUUAUUUCAGCUGACACAACCUUGAACACUUUUUUGGCUAACAAAGUGCAAUCUGACUUUGGAUCCCAGUCAGACUCCUGCAUUCAAAUCCAGACUGUCCAACCAGUCCUUGUGACUGGUGGAAAAGAAAACAUUAGCCACAGCCAUUCUCCGACUGACACCUUUAGUGACGUAGAAACAGUGAGGCAACUCAUACAACAAAAGGACGGUGCAGAUCAGAUGUCUGCAAAGCAGAAGGAACAGCUGCAACAACCCAUGUGUUGUCUGCAAGAGAAGCCACAACCCAUGUGCGAGGUCCAUGUGUUACCUUCAAAACAACAACAGGAACUUCAGCAACAGCUGGAGGAGGAGCAGGACGUGCCGACAAAGGCAAUUCUACGAGAACAGCAGCAGCGGAAACUGAACACUGACAUGCCCCCACUGGAUGAAAGGGCAGGAGAAAUUACAGAAGAUCAGGAAAUGCCCAAACAAAAGCAGUGUUGUCAGUCUACCAAAUGCAGUUGUUUCACAUCAAAACCCCCCGUCUACCACGUCUUUGCUGUUUCAAAAUCAGUGCGGGAAUCAAAAUAUAACCCCGAUACUAGUCAAUUAAAAGUGACAGUUACUCUUCCAGUUCUGACACAAAUCUCUUGUUCACCUCCUCCAAGCACUAGAAACAAAGAGAGUCCCCAAACAAAGGAGCUGGUGACUCCUGACCCAGAAAGCUGUGAAGACUCAUCAAAGAGUGAUCCGACUAAAGAUAUGAACACCUCCUCCUCAAAAAGCAUCCAGGAGAGCAGUGAUGCGCAAGGUCACCAACAUUGCCUAAACACCAGGGAUAGCAAGGAUAAACCCUGCAGGAGAUCGCAGUCAAGUUCACAACCCGCAUCUGGAAGGAGCCUCAGUGAAGGAAAUAAUUCCCCUACAGAAAGGAGUCAUCGGAGCCAUGCUUCGCCCGACUCACCAACUCCCCGUCGAUCCCGUCACUCUCUGGAUAGCAAGAGGGAAAGAAAUGGCUCAUUGUCAUCUAGUUCUCACUGCACAUCGAGGUGCAACCCCAGAGAGCGCACAUCUCCUCAUAAGCGCAGUCCUGGUCAGUGUCGUGGGUCGAAAGACUGGAAGGAAAAACAAAGGACCAGGUCACGCUCAAGGUCGCCGCUCACAAUCAGAUGUAGACACAGAAGCCGUGGAUCUCCUGACAAUCGAAGUCCAAGUAAAUACUGUCGACCUGGGGAAAGAAUGGAGAAGCGCAGGACCAGGUCCCGUUCAAGAUCACCAUUCACCUCCAGAUGUAGACCUAGGGGUGCUGGGAGGCCCAUUAGGACAUCAAAUCGUAGAACUGCAUCUCCUCUUAGGAGCCCCCACAAAAAACUGCCACCACACAAUUAUCGACGGUCAUCAACGCUGACCUCAAGAAAGCCCGUAUCCACGAGCAGGAGUAAGGAGAGACCUUCUUUGUCGUCCGCAAGUGACAAAACAACUGUUCUCACAAAGCAAAAUAAGUCUUCUGACCAUGGAGGGAAGACAAGUGCGGAGCAGCUUGCUGAAAGUUUGCUGGAAGUGCCAGAUGUCCAAGCUUUGUCCGACAAAUGUGACAUUGAUGCCGUGGUCAAGUCUUUGGCUCCAGCCGUCCUGGCUGCGUGGGACAAACUUGUGGACGCAGCCUCUCCUCCUGACGCUGGAGCGGACAAGGCUGAACCCCUCUCAUCACCUCUGCCGUCAUCACAUUGCUCUUCUCCAGAUUCUACGCCUCCACCUGUACAGAGUGAGGAUUCCUGUGAGCAGAGCAGCAGGGAGGGAAACUCUGCAGCGUCAGAAAUGGAGAGUUCAACAAUAGUUCACCAGCAGAGCUUUGAAGAGGACAGAUCAGCAUCUCCGAGCUUGUCUCAAAAGCUUUCCAGCCAAGAGACAAGUGAAAGACCAGUUACGAGUUUGUCACCAACCUGGAGCAAUUUUUGCUCCAAAUUCUUUGCCGCUGAUAAAAUGCCAAUUCUUGAGCCGAAGAAAAAUAUACAUUCAAAUACUGAUGCUAAUAAACCUUCAUCUCCAACCAUGGUGAAACUCUGUGGAGUUCUACCUUGUAUCACCCGAGAUGAUGUUAAGUCAGCUGUGGAGUGUGUGGGAAAAACGAAAUCGGUUUUGCUGAUUCGCUGUCGAGAGGAAGCUGUGGUCUGCUUUGAGAGGGAGGAAGAUGCCAAAAAAUUGAAGGCCUUAGAAGUCAAAGGUUGCAAAAUAACUGUCAAACCAAAGGAAGUGCCAUCUGAAGAUAAGAGGAAGUCUCCAGACAAAAGUGCUCUCCUAGCAAAUGUCCUUGUUGAAUGUGCGGAGCAGGAAACCAGCCCGGACAAAACUGAGCCAAUCAAAAGCAUAGUUGUCAAAGCGACCUCCCCACCGGUAGCCUCCUCAACUCCUGAGCACCAAACGUCAGGAGGAGAAAUGGCUGCAGACAAGGUUUCAGAUGUUGUGCAGCACCAGCCGGAGACCACACCACUCCAGUCUCAGAAAAGCCAGGAUGGAUCACUUAUGAGUAUUGAGAGUUUGAAACCAGGACCUGCUUCUAGGGCGAGGCCAGUGACGACACCUGAACCAGUUUCACCUUCUGCACUGACUGAAAAGCAUGCAACAGAAUUGAAUACAUGUCCUUCGCCAUCUGCUGUGGAGUGCGCAGAUAUGAACACAUCUCAACCUGUCAGUGUUGCAGGAGUUGACCAGCAGGUGUGCAAACCAGAGUCCAUGCAGCUCCGCACAGAUCUUUUGAGGGUGAAUACUGAGGCGGAAGACUUGAAACUAGGUCCUGCUGCUACAGCAAAACCAGAAACUGCACGUGAACCUUCUUCGCCUGCUGCACCUGAACUUCCUUCACCUGCUGCUCCUGAACUUCCUUCACCUGCUGCUCUUGAACCUCCUUCACCUGCUGCUCCUGAACUUCCUUCACAUGCUGCUCCUGAACCUCCUUCACCUGCUGCACCUUCAGCAGCAACUACAAUACAGGCAGAAAAGUUGAAUCCACGUCCAUCGCAGACUGCACAGGAGUGCACGGAUGUAAAUAGGCCUCUCAUUGGUCCUGCCUCUACAGUGAAACCAGAGAAGACUGAACCUCCUUCAGCUGCUGCUGAGACAGAGAAGCAGAGGAAUGCGUCAAGUGUACUGGAUGGCUGCAAGGAUGCGAAUGAGUUGCAAAGUAAAAAGCAAUUCCGAAAAUGCAUCAACAAGCAGCACCAGGACAGCAAACCAAUGUCCACUCAACAACAAACAAAGCAAAGCCAAGAUGUCUCAGUCAUGACAGGCAAGGUUGAGAUGAAUCCAGGUCCUGGUUCGACAGCAAAGAUGGGGACCACUCCAACGCCUCCUUCACUUUCAUCCCCUUCUGCACUGACAGAGCAGACAGACAAAUUGAAUAAAUGUCCAUCCAAGAAUGUACACAAACACACAAAUAUCAAUAAGAUACAAACUCAAUCUGGCAUCGCCAAGCCGGCCCAGCAGUGCAAGCCAGAGUCUACUCAACCGCACACAACACAGAAAAGCCAAAUUGGACCACCACAACUUGGGAUGAAGAAUUUGAAAACGGGUCCUGCUGAACCAGCUAAGCCACCAACAACUGCUACGUUGGCAACGAAGCAGACUGCAAUGCCGGGUUCCUUCCGGUCACUGAACGUGUUGGAGUGCAUUAAUGUGAGCGAGUUCCAACGUAAACUAGAGCGUUCUUGUCUUCAAAACCUCCGUCGCAUGAGCAAAGAGAAGUUCAUCUCACUUAAUAAGAGGCAGCUGUUAAUCACCAACUUGCCCCAGUGUGACAAUGGCAGCUACACAGAGAAUGACCUCAUCAAUCUGAUCAAGCCGCACAUAGGGAGGUCUGGCAUCAAUGUAGUCUGCAUUAUGACUGAAGCACGGCUGGCUGUUGUCAUCUUUCAGUAUGCAAAAUACCUGUAUGAUGUCAUCCAUUCUUCUUUCACUUUGAGAGGCCGGAAACUGAAACUUCAGGUUUUGAGUGUUGACACAAUAGCGAGCUCACCGUUGCUGUUUUUUAGGUAUGUCAUCAAGCAAGUACAGCAUAAUCUGGUCCCCAAUGGCUCCAAAACAGUCUAUUUCAGCGACAUCUCCCAAAGUGAAAUCAAAGACAUGAUGGAAGCAUUAAAAAGCAACACCUCUGUUCUGCACUUCCUGCCACUGCUCAACAAGCUUUUUAUAGAAUUCAAAACUUUUGAGGGUUCAGAUCAGUUUGGACUUUGGCUCCACCAACAUAAGCAAGCGUUUGGGACGAGGGUUCGACGGCUACAGGUGCCAAAACAGACAGUCAAGACGCCUGGAAAAGGUGCUGAUACAAGCUCCAGAAUUCCGAGCGGUUGUGAUCCUCCAUUUCAGUUGACACUGUCAAGCAGUCCUUAUAUGUUCAUGACGGUGACGCCAACCUUCUGCAUCCCAGAGUAUGUAAGUGUCAAUGAGGUGGCAGAUAUUGAGAGAGUCAAGAAAGAUGGUGCCAAGUUCCAAACUGUUAUGUUGACCGGUUUACCAGUCAAAGGAUACACAUUCAAAGACAUUGUUGAGCUAGUUGGGACGCAUUUUCCAAAGACGAGUCAGGAUCUACUCAUCCACAAAGUGAUUGUUCUCCCUCUGCAGCGAAGGGCCUUUGUACAUUUCGAUGAUUGGUCCUCAUGUUAUGACUUUGCCAGCAGUCACGUGAAAAGUCCCAUGAGUGUCAAAGGCGUGAAGCUCUAUGUACACUUCGUCAUCAAUGACUUAUUCAAUCCUUGCAAUGAGGAAAACAUGUACACGUCCAUGAUGAAAUUGAGCAACACUCCUGUCAGAGACCCAGAAUCGCUGACUGAGCGCUUGCUGAAUGUGUGGAUCUUCCAGUUCACUGAUGAAGUCUUUGAGCGUGUUCUGAAAAUGGUGACAUCAACAAUGGGGCCUUAUGACAGCAUUCUGCCCCUUGCCAACAGGAUCUGCUUUGAAAUGACCAAUGCCAGUGACGCGAACAAGACACCUCGGAACCUUCCCUCACAGCAGUUUUCCAUGAAUCCAACCUAUAGAGUUGAAAGUUUGCUAAGUCUCAAACAGCGGCUACAGAACUCCAUAGAGGUGGAAGAACAAGGAACUCUUUCCCUAGCUGUGAAGCAGGAGGAACAACGUUCACUGCCCGAUGUUUCAAAUCAAGUGUCAAGGUCCCUACAGCAGGCCAGCGGUCAAACUCCUCAGUCGGCAGAAGCUGGUAAUCCUGAAAUAAAUGAUGCCCCCAAAAUGGCAGAAAAAACAGAAACAAAGGCUUCUGUAGAUUCCAAACAGGAUGAGACAAAUGAGAGCAUGGAGAAAACUGAAGUGGAAAAGGAGGUGCUGAUCCCAAAAUCUCAGAAUGAUGGAAAUAACAUCAUGACAGUGACGGUUGACACAAGUGAUGAGCCCUGCAAACCAAGAAUUCAUGAGCACCAAAAGGACACAGGCCACACGUUUGACAGUGAGAACAAAGAGACUUCCUCUAAAUGGUUGCCAGAGGAGAAAAGUGAGGCCCAAUGCACAGAGAUGAGCAACUCAUUGAGGCAUUCUUCAACAUCAGAUUCCACAACCAAAGAAGCAGACAGCGUGCCCCAAAAUGGCAGGUUGAAGGUGAUGGAAGAGAACAGACUGCGUGCUAAAAGCUUGAAGUUGUUAAACCAAGACCCUGUAGGAUCUCCUACUCAAGAUGUGGAUCACAAACCCACUGGCAAAAAUGGUGGUUCAUGUUCAACGGAGAAAGGCGAUUCAACUGAAAAAGUAUUAACAACACACAAGGAGCAGAUGUUUCCUGACCGAAAUAGUGAGGUCUCAAACUCCACUCCUGAAAUGACUGGUGAUGGUUCUCCAUGUGAGGUAAUCAGAUUUUUGGAAAAUCAAACUACAGUUCAACAGAGAUCUGCCUUAGGAGAACAUGAAGGGUCAUUGUUGACAUCGAAGGAAGCUGAGGCAGCAUGUGAUGUCCAAACAAUAGUGGAAGAAGGCAAAACUUUGACAUCAGAAAGCAGCAAGUUUUGCGAAGGCCAACCUGCCCAGCUGCUCGCUGACAGCGCUGAAGUGAUGGAUGUCAGUAAAGAGAAGAAGCUGCAGAAACUGGAUGCAGCAGAACUGGUUUGCGAAAAUGGUGAGCAAGGUCUUUCUUCUACUGAGCAGAGCAGCACAUCAAAAGGGGAUGAGACAGAAAACAAAUCAGCAGCUGUAGCAAUGAAGGACAGCCACGUAAGCAGCACAGCAUGCGAAGGACAACUGGCGCAAAAUAUCAGCAACCUUCAGACACCAAGUAAGUGUUCCAGAGGAAGGGCAAGGUCAACCAUCACAAGGACCCUUGCAAAAUCAAUGGAAAGAACAGUUUCAGUCUCUUUGGAUGAAGAUUCAACUCCAGCUAGAGUGAUGAUUACACGGUCUGGCAGAAGGAAGCUAGAAAAUGAGCCUGUAAGUCAGCGUUUAUAUAAGGUGGUGGUGACGGUUCAGAAUGAACGGAUGGCAACAAGGAGUCGCUCUCUCUCUCCAAGGUGCACGGCACUGAAAAAGAAUAGUGAUGUGAAAAAGGGAGUUACAUCUGACUUAUUUGUUAACACCAAUACUGAGAACAAACUUCCCGUGAAGCGUAAAAGGGGAAGACCAAAGAAGGUCAGAAUGAACCAAAGUGAGAGCACACUGCCACAAAGCGACAACGUAAACAAGACAGAGGAGUUGGAAGAAGAAGAAGAAGCAAAUGAAUCUCCUUCAACGGGACCCAAUAAGAAAAGAUUGCAGAAAGAUGAAAAAAUAUUUGAAGAAAGUUGUCCAGUUAAUAUAAAAACGGAAGUGGUGAAUGAAUCAUAUUCAGACCAGUCUAUAGGGGGAUCAAACACUUCUUUGCCAACCACUGACUCCACGAUGGAAGGAUUGAAACAGGUGGAUGAUCAGGAACUGGUGAUAGUUGAUAAGAGGGAAGAGAAGAAAGAGGUCGUAAAGAAGAUGGGUUCGGAUAAGGGUGGAGAUCUGGGUGAUCUGGAUCCGAAGGUCAACAAAAAAGAGGAGGAACGAGGCGCUCUUGCGCAGACAUUGCGGAAGUCUACAAAUGAUGGUGGUGGGCAAGAGCAAAAACAGCAUAAAACCUUACAAACUACAAAACGGCAGCAUGAGGACAACAAAGGUGAUGGCAAACUACAAUCCAAGACUGAGAGUAAGCGUUUUUGCCCUCCACACCCCACUGUUGUUCAGCUCCCCGAAUUCAACCCGGACAAACCUUUAGGUCAGGAAUUUAUUCAGCCAAGAACAGGGUACUGUUGCAGUCUCUGUGCAAUGUUCUACAUUAAAGAGAAGACUGCGCUGGAGCAACACUGCUGCUCCCAGAAACACUAUGACAAUCUGAAGGCUUACUACCAGAAGAUGCAAGUCAUACAGUUGAGUUCAUCUGGGAAAUCACCUUUGAAAUCGAGACCGGGUGUCAACUCCUGAGGUUGUUACUAAUUGUAAUCCGCUGCAAUAAUGUGUAGCACUGUUUUGAUGCUGCCAAAACUACUGCUACUAUCAAGCUACCUUUGUAUACCUGUUCAUUUUCCCAGCAUUACAUUGUGGCACAUGUGAUCAAAGAGUGGUGUCUUCCCAUGUUUGUUCAACGCAGUGUUAAUGCUAUUUUGGUUCAUGAAUGCUUUUGUAUCACAAUUACAUUCAUUGUCUACACACAGACUUCUCUUUUUAUGUUUUUGUUCCAAGUCCAAAACACAUUUUUACUGUUCGGUGUGCCUCACUGUAUUUUCCUGUCAUUUGAGUGUGUCUUGUUGCUCUUUGUAUAAAAGGUAUUUUCAAUGAAGAAUGUUUGCUAUUGAAGUUGGUUUGUAUUUGAAGUGCAUAUUUUUUUGUAUUAUUUUGAAAAUGAAUGUUUGAAAUA